AUGUCUUCACCUUCUCAAACUAUCAUACAACCUUCUGCGGGCGAUGGAGAAAACCCUGCUAAUCAAUUCAGGAAGUAUCUCGAGACACAAUCUCGUAAAGUGAAAGAUCGAAGGAGUGAGACCCUCCAGUCAAUUGCAAGCCAAACAUUAACGGGAACGCAACAUGGUGGAUUCGUUCCUACUUCUGGACAAUAUAACUCCGACGAUCCUUUGUCUUAUAUGAGUACCGAUCCUAACCAAAGUCAAAUCACUUAUCAACCCGAUAUCUUGUCUUUCCCCUAUAUCCCCCAACAACAUCGUGAUUUACUGACCGGUCAACACUCCGAGUUCGAGGUCAAUGUCAAUACUACUCCUGGUUUAUCUGCAUCAGCUCUGAGCAUAAAUCCAAAUGAUGCUGAUACUAAUGAUCUCACACCCAUGGCUACGCCUUCUCGACCCUUGACGGCAUUCCGUCCAGAAUCCUCCAUUGCAGGUGUUCAAGGUCUAACCCAGAACCAAACUCAACCACAAAAAGUCUACCUACAUUCAGGUCUUUAUCCCGAUAAUCCCCCUGGGUCUGACUCUGACUCUGGAUCUGGAGAACAUGGAGUCACUCAAAUUAUAUAUCCACAAAGUUACGAUAUAACCAUUUCAGCCAAAUAUCCUGGUAAUUUAGUUGAUCCCUCUCAUCAAAUGGUUAAUAGUCCGUAUUGCACCAGGACCUAUAGUGGGGUCAGUAUGGAAAAUACUGCGAUGAUUGAGAGUUAUCUUAGGGAGUCACACGGGUCUAAGAACGAGUGUUGA